UGAGGAAGGUCAGUUGAGUGGUAGUUGUUGCACGCGUUAUAUCAUUGGGCGAAAAGACGAUUGUACUCUCUGUGCACGCGUUUAAAAUGGAUUUAAAAUACCUUAUCAUUUUGUUAACAUUCCUUCAUUCAGGUUUACAUGCGAUAACAGCGUCGGACGAUUGGUCGUAUUCGGGUGAACAUGGUCCGGAACAUUGGCCAGGUAUAUGCGUGACUGGGAAAAUGCAAUCACCGAUAAAUAUCGCUACCGAAAACAUCGUUAAAACCGACUUUGGUGCACUUAAAUUCAUCAAAUACGAUUCAGAAUUUUCUUGGGAAGUCACAAACAAUGGUCAUUCCGUACAAAUUAAAUUAGUUGCUGCACCAACUUAUCAAUUGGUACGUAUACCGAUUCAUCUCGAAGGAGCGAAUCUUCCAUCGACGUAUAUUUUGGAUCACAUACACUUCCACUGGCCUGCCGAGCACACCAUGGAUGGCAAGCGUGACGUAUUAGAAUUACAUUUCGUCCAUUACAACAAUCAGUAUAAGAAUGCGAGUAUAGCAUCGCAGCAUAAAAAUGGCGUUGCAGUUGUUGCCACUUUAUUCGAGUUAAAUAAGGAAAAUAAUUCGGAAAUAAUGCCAAUUUUGGAGAGGAUGAGACCCUUGUCGAAUAACACCGGAGCUAAUGUAACGUCCAUAACGACCAAGAUUAUUCCUCGCUUCUUUUUACCAAAGGAUCAUACGACGUAUUACCAUUACGAUGGAUCUUUAACUACUCCAGGAUGCCAAGAAACUGUAAUGUGGUAUAUCCUUGAUGAAAAACUUUUGAUAUCAGAUAUGCAGUUGAAUAUCGUGAAGAACAUUGGAACAAUAAAUGGUACUUUGGGAUACAAUUAUAGGCCAAUUCAGACACUUGGAGAAAGGAAAGUUUAUCACCAUCUGACUGGAUAUUCUAUUGCGAUUACUCAUUCGUACAAUUUACUCUAUGUAUGUUUUAGUUUGUUCUUAAGUACAUUGUUGUAUUUAAAAUAAUAUAAAUUAAUUUUAUAUAGAGAAUCUAAUUUGAUAGAAUGUGAUCAACAUACUGAUAAUGUAAGUACCCUAUAAUGUUCUAUUCAUUAAUUUAAGAAAUUUUGUCAUAUAUCACUGAUAUAUACCAUGUAAUAUUCAUCGCAAUAAUAUAUCUUUAUAACACGUUAAAUGAUUGUAU